AAUAGAUGAUGUAUAGGUUAACAAAGACUCGAAAAGUGGCAUCUCAGUAAGAAUGCAAACAUUUGCAUUCUCUUUUUCAAGGACAUUAUUAUAUUAAUAAUACUUUUUAUUUUAUAUAUCUAUUUAUAAUGGUUGUUUCUAUUUGGUUGAAAAGGUCAAGUUUUUGGUGAAUCCAUAUGGUCAAUUCAGUAAGCACAUGGAACUGGUCUCAACUAGGUGACUAUCAUAAUGAUCAAAAGAACAAUAUGUACUUGAGCCAGAAACUUGUCGUAUCUGCUGUGCAAGUCAUCGAAGGUUCUACGACCUGUUUCAGGAAGUAUGCGGUAUAGAAAAGGCCUACUGCGAGCAGCAAGUCUAUGGAAUUACACUUUUAUUCAAUUCAUAUACUCACUGUUUGAAUCGAAACCUUUUGAGGCUCGAAGAACAGAGGGAAUCUCAGUACGUAAAUGUCAAUACCUAAGCAUGCCAGGAUAAUAUAUAUCAGGAAAGCUUUCUCAUAUUCUUUACUUUUUUACUGUAAGAAGAAAACAAUAAGGGAGAAAAAAUGAUUCAAUUCGAACUACGUUUUCUUCAGACAAAACAACGAACGUCUGCAAAAAAGAAAACGACCUGAAGUAUAUGGUCUCUUUGUCAAAAAAUGGGUUUCAUUUCAUUCAAUACUUUUGUAAUUUUACUGAUCUAUGGAACCAUCUUUGUGAAAUCUAAGCGUAGUACUGGGAUUCUGAAAUCAGUUUCCAAUCUGUCUAUAGCAAGCAACUUGAAAAUUUUUGGGGAAUUGGCCCUUGUCUUAGUUUGAUUGUAUUCUUCCUUUUUAUUUGUGCAACAAAGAAUAUAUUUUUGAAAUGGCUUCUCAAAAACUAUGGGGCGGUAGAUUUACUGGCACUACAGAUCCUCUGAUGACUGCUUAUAAUGAAUCCAUACAUUACGAUAAACGCAUGUACAAUGCCGAUGUGGAUGGCUCGAAAGCUUAUGCGAAAGCAUUAGAGCAACGUGGUAUCAUUGACAAAGCUGAAUUGGGAAAGAUUUUGGAAGGACUAGAAAGCGUUCGCGAUGAAUGGAAAGCAAACAAGUUUGUUCUUCAUCCUUCCGACGAAGACAUUCAUACUGCAAAUGAGCGUCGGCUCGGUGAAAUCAUUGGCACAGGAAUUGCUGGUAAAUUGCAUACUGGUAGAAGUAGAAACGAUCAAGUUGCUACGGAUAUGCGUCUUUGGCUUCGUGAUCAGAUCAAAACUAUUAAAGAUUUCCUCAUUGAUCUGUUGAAGGUAUUUGCUUCUCGUGCUGAAAAGGAUAUCAGUAUCAUUAUGCCUGGAUACACCCAUUUACAACGCGCUCAGCCCAUUCGUUGGUCCCACUUUUUGAUGUCCCAUGCAUUUUCUCUCCUCUCUGACUUGACUCGUUUGAACCAGCUUUACGUCCGUGUCAAUCAACUCCCUUUGGGAGCAGGAGCUUUGGCUGGUAACCCCUUUGCUGUCGACCGAGAAUUUCUUUGUAAAGAACUUGGGUUUGAUGGCAUCAUUAUGAACUCUAUGAAUGCUGUUGCUGACCGUGACUUUGUCAUUGAAUUUAUGUAUUGGUCGAGUAUGGUAAUGACCCAUGUUUCCCGUUUGGCCGAAGAUCUUAUCAUCUACUCUAGUUCCGAGUUUAAUUUUGUGACCCUUUCCGAUGCGUACUCCACUGGUAGCAGCAUAAUGCCUCAAAAGAAAAAUCCCGAUUCCCUCGAAUUACUCCGUGGUAAAUCUGGUCGUGUUUUUGGCGACAUGGUUGGUUUCAUGAUGUCUGUAAAAGGUAUCCCUUCCACUUAUAAUAAGGAUUUACAAGAAGACAAGGAAGCACUAUUCGAUUCUGUCAAAACUGUUUCUGAUUCUAUCCAAAUUCUUACUGGUGUCAUUUCCACCUUGACUGUCAAUCCCGAAAAGAUUGCUAAAAGCUUAACUGCUGAUAUGCUGGCUACUGAUUUGGCUGAGUAUUUGGUUCGUAAAGGCAUUCCCUUCCGCCAAACUCAUCAUAUCUCUGGUUCAGCUGUUCGCAUGGCCGAAGAGAGAAACACCACAAUUGACAAACUCUCUGUUGAUGAUUUCAAGUCUUUGAAUCCUCUCUAUGAAGAUGAUGUUGUGAGUGUCUUCAACUAUGAGGAAAGCGUUGAAAAACGAUGUGCUAUCGGCGGUACUGCUAAAUCUUGUGUAAUGGAACAAGUAAAGACUCUGAAAGAAGCACUUAAUUAAAUUAUUGUGGUCAGCCAUUUUGUUAUUAUCAUCUUUUGGCUUGAACUUUACGUUACAUCCAUUACGGAUGAUAAUAGAACAUAGUUGUUUACAUUCAGCCUUUUUUAAUUGUUUGAUCUAUUUGACAAAACUUAUCAUAAUUGUACAUAAUUAUUCUAACAAUCCUUUCGAAUUAUCUACUUUUUACUUUUUCGGGGUUUUCCUCCAUCCUCAUCAUCUUCAGAUUCAUCCCCAUCAGUAAUGUCCCAAGUAUCGUCUUUUGAUAGUGUCAGACCAAACCCUGCAUCCACUUUCUUCUUGUUUUCAAGCUUUUUCAUAUCUUCAUUCUCUUUUCGACUUUGUAGGUUCGCCAGAUGUUGGAUUUGUUGUCGAAAAUCUUUAGGACUAUCCUGUGCAGUACCUUUUGCAUCUUCAAAUAGCUUUCCCUGAAAAUUAAUAGAGUCAUUACUUUGCAAAUUUUUGUUUUCCACUUCUAGUUUUAUACGUUUUGGUUCAAAAUUGUCAUUAUCGUCAUCUUCGUGGAAUGGGUCGUAGUCAUCUCCAGCUUCUUCAAAAAUAUCAGUCUCAACGUCAACUUUUGGCAAAGAAACUGGUUCUUUCUGGUUUUUCCGUUCAGCUGGUGGUACUUUUACAUCUGAAGGGACAGUCGUUGUCUUCAAUGGAACACUUUUUUUUCCUUUUUUACCAGUCGCUUCAAAACAUUCCCAUCUUCAUUAAGUAUGUACUUUACUUUCUUCCCUUCUUCAACAGUCCUUCGAUACAUGGGUCGCCCAUUAGGAUAUACUGGUACAUCUGUGUUUUUCGAAUUCACUAUGGCGUCUUCGGAAGGAUUUUGGUCUGCGUUGCUUGGUUUUUCCGUUAAUUCUUCAAGAAGCUUAUCAUUUUGUUCGUCAUUUUCGGAUGGAAAUGAUUCCUUUGAUUCUUUCUUAGUAAACUCAGGAAUAUCAGGCUCAAUUUGUUGAGAUCUUGCCUUCUGUAAAAGCCUACGGUCUAAACCUCGAACAAGAUGUGUAGUUGCCAGAUCUCCGCCUAAUUCUUGAGUUUUUCUUGAGAAUUCUUCUCCUGUCAUUUCUCCCCGGUGAAGCUUACCUCGUAGUUCUUGCACAAGAACAUCGUUUUCAGACAGUAUUUCAGGUUCAUCAGCUUCUGAAGCUUCUUUUGUUAUAGAUAAAGAAGAGGAAGGUUUUCUGGUAUUAUGGUUUAAAUUUGGGUGCCUUUUAGCAAUUGAUCUAGGUGGUAACGAUGCAGACAAUCUAGGGUGCCGUCUGCCAAAUGAUGGGCCCUGGGAUCUUUUUGGUAGCCGAUCUAAUUCUGAGUUUUCACUUCUAGGAGUGGCUAGUAGCUUUCGAAAAUCAUCCUGGUUCAUCUUUGUUGAUUAUUACUUUCGAUUGAUUGAGGUUUGGCUGCUCAACUCUGAAGCAGAUCUCGAAAAAAAAAAAUAAGAGUUUUUACUUUACUCAAUAGAAAUAGCUACGGUUACCGGUGUACUGUACCUUCCUGUUUCUCGUACAAUGUUUUCUUAUAUCAGUAGAAGCGUAAAUGGAAAAUCAUAAAAAAGGAGCCUGCCACAUAAAUUUGAUUCUGUUUAGAAUUCUUUUUAAAUACCUAUUAAAUUUCAAUGGAAAAAGUAAACGAAUACUGUAAACUUGGUCUUGAUUGAAUAAGGGUCUUGUGUUAAACUGGUUUGUCUUGACC